AGUUGAAUGGCUUUGCUCUCUAGAAGCCUCCUCGGCCCCUCAUACGCUGUUGGAAGGCUCGUGUGGGGCUGCCCCUCCUUGAUGGGACGUAGCUUCUGUGCAUCUCCUCAGCAGGCGUACAAGCCCUCCAUGGCCUUGGUCCAAGAGCUGCGGAAGAGGACGGGUGCUUCCAUCAGUAAGUGCCGAGAUGCCCUAGCCGAUGAGGGUGGUGAUGUCGAGAAGGCUAUGACGUGGUUGAAGAAGAGGGGGAUCCAAUCAGCCAGUGAGAAGACCUUCCGACGGGCCGGGGAAGGCGUGGUAGCGGCAGCAGUCCGUGGUCACUAUGGAGCUCUGGUUGAGAUCUCAUGCGAGACGGAUUUUGUUGGUCGGACCCCCCUCCUCAUCGAGUUUGCUCACACUCUAGCGGACUUGGUCACCGAGACGCCGUAUCUCGGCUCUGAUGUCGAAGGCCUCCUCGUGGAGGGCAUGCUUAAAGGACCAGUCAAGGUCGACACUACCCUAGUUAUGGAAGACCACCGUCCGAGGCAGGAGCUACAGAGCUUGAAGGUCAGCGAUGCUAUCUUGGAGAUCAGCUCAAUUCUGGGGGAAAAUAUCGGCCUCAAGCGGGUGGCCACUAUAGGACAUUCACCGGACACCACUCCUCCCGAUUCGCACAUCUUCCAUUACGUCCACUCAGCAAUCAAUGGCAACCAAUGUCGGGACGUCGGCAAACUAGCGAGUCUGGUGAUGGUGGGGAAGUCCGGCCAAGGAGGCGGUAUGGUCGAUGAAGACACCCUCGCCUUCAUCGGUAAGGUCAUCGCCAUGCAAGUAGUGGCUAAACGACCGAAGUACAUCCAAGUCGGGGACGUUCCUAAGGAUGUACUUGAGGCAGAGAGGCAGAUAGGGAGGGCUGCCCAUUUGGCCGGAGGAGGGAAGGAGAUCCCCGACCAAGUCUUGGAAAAUAUCCUAGAUGGUAAGGCCGCCAAGAUGCGUGCUGAAGAUACGUUGUAUGAGAUGGAGAUCCUUCUACCACCAUCGUCGGGCCAGUCAGAGAAUAAUAAGGCUGAGACAGUUGGAGAAAGGCUGCGGAAGCUUGGCUUGGUCGUUCAAGAUUUCCGCUUUAUGGGAGUGGGGUUGUGAUGCAUGGUAC